ACCACCUGAAUGAACCACACGACUCGUGUCCACCUGCCGGUCAGUGUAGUCGCGACACCGCAGAGCGCAGAGCUUCGCUCUACAGCGAUGGCGACCAACCGCCGCCUCCGCGGCCUGCUCCUCCUCGCCGCGGCGCUCGUGCUCACCGCCUCCACCUCCUCCGCCGCCGAUUUCCAUUACUGCAAUAAGGGGCGCCGCUACCCGGUGAAGGUGAGCGGGGUGGAGAUCGUCCCCGACCCCGUCGUUCGCGGCCAGCCCGCUACCUUCAAGAUCUCCGCCUCCACGGAUAAAAGCAUCAUGAAAGGGAAGCUGGUGGUAGAUGUCACAUACUUCAUCUUCCACGUCCAUUCAGAGACUCACGACUUCUGCUCCGGGACUCCUUGUCCCGCAUCCGGUGAAUUCGUGCUAGCCAGCGAACAGACUCUACCAUCUUUCACCCCACCAGGUUCUUACAGUCUCCAAAUGAAGCUGCUGGGAGAGAAUAACGAGGAACUGACCUGCAUCUCGUUCGGGUUCAGCAUCGGGUUCAUUGCCCCUGUGGCCAUUAUCUGAAACGGAGCCUUAGUUGCAAAAAAAAAAAAAGCGCACAUGGUACACGGGUAUAUGUGUAUAACUAUGUAUGUAUCUGCAGAACAAACUCUGAAUCCCCCUUAGCACUCCUGAAUCGCCUGCGGUCACCCAGGAGGCAGGCUUGUCCUGGGGUCUCCAGAUCCCAUUCACUUGACUUUGACAAUGGUUUAGAGAUGUGAUCAUGCUA